AUGCUGAGUGGAGACCUGGUUGGUGCAUGGGAGGUGGCCUUGAGUGAUGGCGUCUACAGGAUCGAGUUUGCUCACGGCACCACCACCGGCAAGCGAGUAGUGUACAUCAACGGUCAGGAAGUCGUCCGAAAGGACUGGAUGUUCAAGCUGGUCGGAAAGGAAACCUUCACCAUCGGGGGCGCGGAGACCAAAGCCACCAUAAACAUCGAGGCCAUCAGCGGCUUCGCCUACGAGUACUCCCUGGAGAUUGAUGGAAAGAGCCUGGAGAAAUUUAUAGACCGCCGGGCCAAGACCACCCGGACGUGGCUUCUGACGGUGGAUGGCGAGGACUGCAGGAUCGUUCUCGAAAAAGACACCAUGGAUGUGUGGUGCAAUGGACAGAAGAUGCACACAACGGGCGAGUUUGUGGACGAUGGGACGGAGACGCACUUUGUGUUGGACAAACACGAGUUCUGCAUCAAGGCCACCAGCAGUGGGAGGAAGAAGGAGGGCAUCGCUCACUACUUGCUGGUUGAUGGGGAACCUCUCCCACCUCUGCAGCAGUAG